AUGAAAGACGUCGCGGCGCAUGAUACUACGUCACAACGUGGCCGAGACCAUGCUCGGAAGAUAGCUAACCUUCCGCCGAACGCCGAGGAGGUUGCUGAAAUCAACGCCCUAAGAAGACAGCCGAUGCCCAGUACUCUGAACCCCCUCUCGCAACAUUCCCUGGCCGUCAUCGCCGUGUCUCCGAAUCACAAUGCCUCAUAUAGCAGCCACCCGCUUGUUCUGCAUUCAUGCUUCAACAAAGCCUUCAACUCAGGCAAGCUUCUUCCGUGCCCGACAGCAAAGGCGGCCCUGUCCUCCAUCAAUCUCGGCUCCAACAACGCAGGCCCCUGUCCCAGCUCCGUCACAGGCUCUCGGCCUUCUCUGAUUCCCUCUACAACAAAGGCAUCUGAACGGGCCUAUCAGCCGGUAACCAGCAUCCCCUGCCAGGAUCCCGGAUCCAGAUACAGACCGGGCCGCACCAUGCGCAUCCGCGAGAAACCAUUUCGCCCAGGUUCCCAUGCAGAAGCGACAGGCGUGGGCUCUCAAGGCAGAGUAACUGCCAAGUCUAUCAGCUCGUCGGGCGCUGAGAAGGAAACGGAGAUGGAUGUCCUAGCACACGAGGCUGCCUACAUUAACAUGCUCCGCCGAGACCAACAGCUGGAGACAUCUUUGGGCCACAGAGGCAAUCUUCAGCGAAACACGUCGAGCCGACAGCAUGCUACUGGUCAAGGACACCAGAAGUGUUCCGCCAGCUCCAGUCCCAGCACGGUAAACCACCUUCCCAAAAGCUCGCUACCUCGGUGGAUUUCAUCUGACUUCUUGGAGAAGGAGGGCGUUUCCCCACACCCAAAGACAGUACAGACCCUGCACGAGAAUGAGUCGCUUGAGGAGUUCAAAUACCUAACGACUCAGAUGGACUACUAUCUUCACUUCAACACUCCCAUGAAGUAUCAUGAAUCGUUCAUUUCAACCUCGUCGCCCCGUUCGCCUGAGCCCACGAACCAGGAUGCCACGCCACACGGCCUUCGGACCGCCAGCGGUCGUCAGCUCUCUCUGGCCAGUCGGUCAGCCGUCACAGUCGCUCCAAUCGACAUCUUUGGCAUUCACGAUGCUUUCGGAUCCCCCUCCCCUGCCAAAAGAACCGGCGAUGGCCCAGCUACGGCUCGGUCCAGAAAGCGCGGCCGAGGAGAGGAGACAGAGAGUGGAUACGUUCUAGGAGGCCCGGGAAUCCAACCCCAUGGCAGCAUGCAGGGCUCGCCGUCUGCCAAGCGCCGUCGUUCUGUGGCUGUUGCCGUGGCGGCUAAGUGCGUUGGCGCAGACGUUGGUGAUGCGCAGAACUCCGGGCCGAAUAGAGUUUAG